AUGGACCUCGAUGUUCCGCCUACCGCGCACUCAACUAUGCGGCAUGAUUGGGCACCUACUACGACGCUCGAAGACUACCAAGAAGUUUUGACCCCACCUGAUGGAACUGCCGACGUUCUUCAGCUUCUGGAAGAGCUCGGCCAGCUAUGCUUGCUUGUCUCAAAGCGACGCCUCUCCAAUCUGAGCGUACCGCUUGAACAUCCCUACCUAGAGGAAUAUCGAUCUUGGAUCGUCGCCCAGGCACGGAGUUUGUCGGCUUUGGGUGCCAUCGCUAGCGCUGGUGCUUGGCCUCGCCCACAGCCUUCUCCCAGCCGACGACACUAUCUGGAGCGUCAAUGUCACGAAUGGAUGAAGCUAGCCCUCCGAGGCGUGACCGUCGUAGUCGCAGCUGGUGAUCGAGGCGUCUCCGGAAACUUUGGCUGUGCCGUGAAUCCCGUCAACGAGUCUGCAGAAGCCUUUGGUCCCUCAUUCCCCGGCUCUUGUCCUUACGUGACAACCAUAAGCUCCACACAAGUAAACUUCACAAACGGCCGACAAAAAGAAGUCGCGGUCUACGACAAACCACAUAACUUCUACGCAGGAGGAGGUUUCAGCAAUAUCCAUGCUCGUCCAUCCUUCCAAUCUCACGCUGUAUCUCGAUAUCUGGCGAAACACGAUCCAUCCUACCCUUCCGGCACAUUCAAUACUUCCGGUAGAGCUUACCCAGACGUCGCACUCCUCGGCGCAAAUGUCACGAUGGUCGAUCAAGGCACGGUGGUUGUUAGUGGUGGAAGUAGCACCGCUGCCCCACUUUUCGCUGCUAUGAUUAGUAGGAUUAAUGAUGAGAGGUUAUUGGCUGGGAAGAAGGCGAUUGGGUUUCUUAAUCAGAUCUUGUAUCAGCAUCCUGAGGUGUUUAAUGAUGUGAGUAAGGAGCGAGUGUAUCAAAGGCUUGACGACGCUGACUUGGGGCCAGAUCACUGA